AUGUCGACACAAUCAUUCCCUCUAUUCCCCAAACUCCCCCAGGAGCUUCGAGACCAGAUCUGGAGCGACGCCGUCCGCCCCAUCAACCCAGGCCACGGCGGCGUUCACUUCUUCACCGUCUUCAACCCCACACAUGCCGACGAAAAGUUCAGGAAACAUCUCGUCGUCCAGCAGACGGGUUACGAUUCGUAUCGCGGCGAGUUCGCCCCUAUACUUGGCGCACCGACAUCGCAAGACAACAGAUCGCUGCCGUCGUGGACUGUUGGCAACUCGUCGACAUACGCAACCGAUUUUGGUCUCUGGACCGCCUGUAGAGACUCCUACAAAGCUAUCUACAGGGGAUACGACCGGCCCGGACGGGACUUGAUUCAGAGAAUCAGCCCCCUUGGAGGCUUUUAUAGCUGGCUCUCACAGAGAGAAGACGCCAAGGACUUGCCUGUGACAUUCUCUGCGGCAAAUGGUGACAGCAGCCCUGUGCACCUGACGGUUCUCCCGUUGCGCGACCUCUUUGUGCUCCGACGUUUCGAGGACGUAGGAAGUAUUUCCUACACUCUGCGGAAUGCGCCCUUCGCCUCCCCGGUAUUUGGAUACGACGGGGUCACUCACGUUGCGGUCGAGUUCGAUCCACAGUGGAGUGUGGAAGGAGUUACACAGUACAGGAACAACGCCGAAAUUACGAACGUGAGAUACUGGGCGUAUCAGGCACUCUCCCAGGCCAUCUGGAGCCAAAUAAGGUGGUUCCAGUACCUGUGGGUGGUGGACUACAGGUUACGCUUGAAGGCUGGUGUUUUUGACCCGGAGAAGCGAGCCGCACUUUGGGAGUCGGAUUUCGAAGAGCAAUUCGUCUUCGAGGGCCAAGGGUGCAGAUAUUACGCUGUGCCGAGGGAAAAUCCCCAAGACUUUUGUGAAUAUCGCGACGGCCUUGAACCGUCAAACCCCGUGUGGCGAGUCAAUGGUGCAUUGGACGGGUCAGCUAUCAUGUCCGGUGUUUGUCUUCGUUAUCCACAUCUGUACGGCGAAAGAUCUCUGCGGCCUCACGAGACGAUCGGGACGUUGGUUUGCGAAUAUAACUGA